CAAAAGUGUAAUGUUUAUUUCUGUUAAAAAAAAAUUAGGAAUAAAUGUAAUCAUCGUUGAAUUGAUAAUUUGAACAAUCUAUAAAUCAUCUACAAAUAAACCAUUUUACGGGUUGUGAAUAAUAAUAUGUAUUUUCAUUUGUACAUAUGUAUAACUCAAAUGAAUAUCUUCAGAGUAUUUUAUACAGUGUAGUAAAAGAAGAUAGUGACCAAAAAAGUAGUUAACAUUAUACCGCAGAGCGACCAUAUUCUGUUCUUUACAUAUAUACAUGCUACCUAUUCCAUAGCAUAGUCACGAAGGAAGAUUAAAUAUAGUUUAAUUGCGUGAGGUUGAUGACGGCGGGCAGUGAUUUAGGUUUUCAUCUAUUGCAAUCACAAUUAUGUUUAAGUUGAAUUAUUUAAACGAAUAAUUAGAAAAAAAACAAGUAUUUUUGUGUCUAAAAGAAUUGCAAAGUUGAGUCAUUCAAUUGGAUCAAAUGCAAUUUAUUUUGGCUAAUAUAAACUGACCAAUUCACAGUGGGAGACAUAUCAUGCGAGUCCACAGACUAAAGGACUUGGUUGUUUUUUGUUGGCGGAUACAGUGGGAUAUCCACCCGUUGGGUGUGUGAAUCACGCUUGAAGUUCUCAUAUGGGCGCUGGACUGUGGCUGUUUAAUGAUCAACACAGACCAACGACCAACAUUGACCUAAUAUCACCAAUCUAAUUUCACUGAUUGUCAUCUAUAUCUGAAAUGUUUGUCACAUUACUAAAUAUUACUACUUCAUCAUCAUAAUUACCCUUUUCUGAUAAUUUCUGACUUCAAUCUUAUGAAUAAGUCAUUUUUAAUUUGUGGACAAUUUAAAAAUUAAUGGAUUGUAAAAUUUACUUGUCAAGAAUUGCUUCUUAUUGCCAAGUACCUAUACUUUUUGAUAAUCUUCUUUUGUAUAACUUUAAUAAUCACUUCCAACAUACGUAAUUGCUGUAAAUUUAUGAAACUUCAAAAUUAAUAAUAAUAUAUUUAUUUAAAAGUAAUGUGAAUAAUUUCAUACGACAUUCAAAACAUGAAAUUAUAUCUAAAAUAGACUACAAAGAUCCUCAUGUACAAGUGCAAUUGCCAACUUGUCGUUUUAAUUGUACAACUGUGAUUAUUAAUUAUUACGAUUAUUUCAUCUGAACAUCUAAUAGUUAAAAUAGUAACACUUGUAGUUUGAUAUCAACAAACUUUCUCUAUGGUUCAGUAUUCAUUAAUCAACUCCAUUGUGUGUGAAAGAAGAUAGCAAUAAGUAAUAAUUUAUCAAAAUCGUGUAUAUAUCAAUAAUCAAUCGCAUUAUAAAUGAUACGAUUUUAAAACGAUACACAGAAAAAAUUUAUGUUUAAGUUUUAGAAAUUACAUCUUGUGCCUAAAAUAAAAAUAUAAAAAUAAAUAUAUAUAUAUAUAUAUAUAUAUACUUACAUACAUACAUACAUACAUACAUACAUACAUAAUAUAUAUAUUACAAAGUUAUAAAAAAAGAAACUGUAUAAAAAAAAUACUAACAUGUCUGAUGAAGAGGACAAACCACCUGCACCUCCUGUUAGACUUACUUCGAACAGAGGUGAAUCGGCACCAAAUUUACCGGUGGAUAUGCGUCCACUACCAAAAGAGCCAGAUUCGGAUGAACGAAAAAAGAAAAUAUUAAAAAGCAAAAUCAAAGUUAAAGAAAAUAAAGAUAAACCAAAUAUUAGUUAUCCUACUAAUUUUGAGCAUACCGUUCAUGUAGGAUUCGAUGCUGUUACUGGUGAAUUCACGGGAAUGCCAGAAGCCUGGGCAAGACUUCUUAUGUCUAGUAAUAUCAGCAAACAAGAACAAAAGAAAAAUCCUCAAGCUGUGCUUGACGUCUUGAAUUGGUAUGAUAAUAGUAGCAAAGAAGCAAAAGGAUCUAAAUAUAUGACAACCACAAAAAUGGUUGUUGCACCUAUAGAAAGGGCAAGUAGCCCCCGCAGUAUAGGAACGGGGAUAAAUAUCGGCAUUGGAAAUAUUCGUGGUCAAGCAAUGUCUCAAGCUUCCGGUAGUUCUCAUUCUCAACAAUCUUUAAGCAGAGUUAGUAGUAGUAGUCCAAGUAGUACCCCUACUGAUGCUUGUGCAACGAGUUCAGAACAAGAAGAUGAACCACCACCACCUAUUUCUGCAAGACCUGAACGCACGAAAUCAAUUUAUACAAAACCUAUCGAAGAAGAACCAUCGUCAUUAUCUUCCAUUCCGACAUCUCUGAGUUCUCCACAACGUAAUGGUACCACACCGCAAUCACAGAUACAAUCACAAUUUGACAAAAAUAAAAAUCAAGCAACACCCACCAUAACUGAUCAAUCACGGCUUGCACAAAGUGAUAAAACACGUAAGAAAAAAAUGUCUGAUGAUGAAAUAUUAGAAAAGUUGAGAACAAUUGUAAGUGUAGGUGAUCCCAAUAGGAAAUACACAAAAAUGGAAAAAAUUGGUCAAGGUGCUUCUGGAACAGUUUAUACGGCGAUCGAAACAUCAACUGGGAUGGAAGUGGCUAUAAAGCAAAUGAAUCUUUCGCAACAGCCGAAGAAAGAGUUGAUAAUAAAUGAAAUUCUUGUAAUGCGGGAAAAUAAACAUCCAAAUGUUGUAAACUAUCUUGAUAGUUAUCUCGUAGGUGAAGAGUUGUGGGUAGUAAUGGAAUAUUUACCAGGCGGUAGUUUAACUGACGUUGUAACAGAAACAUGUAUGGAUGAAGGACAAAUAGCUGCUGUAUGUAGAGAAGUCUUACAAGCACUCGAAUUUUUACAUUGUAAUCAAGUUAUUCAUAGAGAUAUCAAGUCUGAUAACAUAUUGCUUGGAUUGGAUGGUGGUGUAAAACUUACUGAUUUUGGUUUUUGUGCCCAAAUUUCGCCUGAACAAAGUAAAAGAACAACUAUGGUUGGAACACCAUAUUGGAUGGCACCUGAAGUAGUUACCAGAAAGCAAUAUGGACCUAAGGUAGAUAUAUGGUCACUCGGUAUAAUGGCUAUAGAAAUGAUCGAAGGAGAACCACCAUAUUUAAAUGAGAAUCCUUUAAGAGCACUUUACCUGAUUGCGACAAAUGGCAAGCCUGAAAUUAAGGAAAAAGAAAAAUUAUCGGGAAUUUUUCAAGAUUUUUUAGAUCAAUGUUUAGAAGUGGAAGUAGAAAAACGGUCAGCAGCUUCUGAGUUAUUGAAGCAUCCUUUCUUAAAAUUGGCUAGGCCUCUUGCGUCACUAACACCACUUAUUAUGGCUGCAAAAGAAGCAACAAAAAGUCAUUGAAUUCUUUAACAUGAAUUAAAAUUAUAAAUUUUAUAAAAAAAAAGUUUACCCUCCCAAAAAGGUAACAGCACAAUAAUUUAAUGAAAUAUAUUAUGAUUGAAGCAUAGUGUAUUUAUAGUUUGUUCAAAAUACGAUAUUAUAAACGGUAUUGAAUUAUGAGAACUUCAACGUUUAUAACAAUACAAUGUAUUUUCAUGUGAUAUGAAAAUGUUGUAUUGAAAUUGUACAAUAGGUAGUAAUUUAGUUGAGAAAAAAAUGACCUGAAAGUCGUCCAGACUAAUAAUCAAGUCAAUCUAUGUCAUC